GAUGAUACCUAAACACAGUAAACAUGGCGUACCGCGGUGUGAAAGGAUCGGAUCCGUUUGUGUCGAAAACAUCGCGAAAUGAGAGGUUCGCCCAGAUGUCGAAACAGGAGCAGAUCAUACAGCAGAAGAAGCUUGAGAUCCAAGCGAAGAUGCAGGAGCAGAAAGCGAAACAGGCCGUCGAGAGUGUGAAGAAGUCGGCGUCCUCAGUCGCCUCCUCGACACCGUCUUCAACUGUCGCCACAGCGAUUCCUCCAAAGAAAGAAGAGGAAAAGCCAGUCACGUCGCCUACUUCCUCCUCCUCCUUGUCCUCGGCAUUGUCGUCGACGGUGAAUUUGUUCGCAAACGAUGGCAGUUUCUUGGAUCAGUUUAGAAAGAUAGCGAACAACAAGACUUCGUCAAAGUCUGAGGCUGCCCCUGUGGCUAUAAAAGCCGAUGAAAAGAAGGAGGAAAAGACUUACGAGAACAGCAGAAACGAUAGGGAUAGAAAAUGGAACAGUGAGAAAAGCAGAGAUUGGGAGAACAGGAGAGAACGCAGAAGAAACGACUCCAGAUGGGGAGGAAGGUCUUCGGACAGAAGACACAGCUCCUCAUCCAGCCCGUCACCCACGAGACGCAGACCGUCGCCGAGCCCCGACAACAGGCACACCUAUCACCAGCCUCCGCCAAACGUGAAUCACGCUCCUCCUCACCCUCAUUUCAAUCAGCAGCAAUACCCUCCCCCUCCACCGGGCAUGAAUCAAGCGCUCGUUUCCCAGCCCCCAUCCUCGUCCUCGACCAUUCCACCUCUAAUGUCUCAACCGAUAAUGCAAAUGACCAACUUGCCGCCUCCAAACCUUCGCGGGAUCAUGCCAGGUCCCAACGUCCAAAUGGGGGGUAUUCACAGGAUGCCACCACCACCUAAAAACAUGAACAGCAUGAACUUUGGCGGGAUCGAUAACGCCCAUGUCGGCAAUGCCCAGCACGUCAUUCCUAGCCCCUCGCACCAUGUUCUUCGAGCCCCUCCCCCGCCUCCCCCUCCUUCAAUGCAGACUUUACCCCCAAACACGAACGUUCCCCCUCCUGGGAUGAGGCAAUUACCCCAAAACGCUCCACCCCCCAGUCACACAAUGCAGAAUAUACCUGUGUCGAACCAGACACAGCAGCAGCAACGCGUCAUGCAAACUCAGCAACAGUGCAAUAUUCCGCCACCCACGAGUCUCGGUCAGCCACCUAAUAUCCCGCCGCCGAGCAUCAUGCCACCGAUGUCGCAGAUCCCUCCUAACAUAUUACCCAUCAGUAGCCACGCCAUCGUCGUCACCGUCGCCAGUGUCCCAAAUGUUCCACCUCCUAACGUUGUACCUCAGAUGAUCAUGUCGGGACCUCCUCCGCCUGUACAUAACACCGCCAUCACUUCUACGAUAAAUUCGAUACCACCGCCAAACCUGAAUAUUCCACCUCCCAAUGUCCUGCCUCCGGCUAAUAUAAUACAGAAUUCGCCGCCUCCGCACCUCAUUCCGCCGCAAACUUCAUAUCCUGUACAGCAUCCUCCCCAGGUUCCGAUUACUGUUGGACAAAUUAACAUGCAAUUGCCGCCUCCUGUCAGACAACCGCACAGUCUCCAGCCGCAUAGUCAAUUAGUGUGUCCCGUAGAGGCCGAGCAGCUGGCACGCAUCGUGGCUGAUUGCGGCGACGAAAUUGAGCAGGAAGUCCGCGAGAAGAACGCUCAAGAUCCAAAACUAUGGUUUCUGCACCAAAAGCAAAGUGCAGCGUAUCUGCAGUACAGGGGGUUGGUCGCUAAGUUCCGAGCUGAAAAAAUUGGCAAGGAGAGUAAAAACAAUGGCGGGGAACUAUACUCCCCCGAGGACGCCCUCAGCGAUAACGAGGAUCAUGACAAAUCCCAGAAACAUGGAUCUCAAUACAAUCACUACAAUGAAGACUCAAGAGAAGAGCGCAAAAGAAAAAGGCGAAGUCGUUGGGGUGACCCUGACAACAAGGUUGCUGUUUCCAGUUGCGUAAUGGGACCCGCACAGUUGGGACUCAACGUUCCUGGAAAAUUACCACAACCUGGAAUUGCAAUACCGGGACAGAUCGGUCAACCAGCUGUGAUUAUACCUCCGUCUAAAUUAUCAACCAGCAAAGUGAAUCCUAUGCUCACUAAAAUAUGCAGGAGUGAUCCUGCCCUCGCCCAGUAUGCCAGACAAACAUUUGGAACGUCAGACCUUAGCGAAGAACAAUGGAAAAAAGCUGAGGAUCACUAUAAGAUAAAUCUACUGUACCAAAACCUGCUCAAAAAGCGUGAGGAAGUUAAACGGCUCGAGGCCCAGGGUAAGCAUAAGUACGAGUACGACAGUGACGAAGAAACGGAGGGUGGUACCUGGGAACACAAAAUAAGGUCAGCAGAGAUGGUUGCGACUCAAAUGUGGGCUGAAGAGCUGACUGCCCAGGCAGAGGGGAAACAUCAUAUCGGCGACUUUUUGCCACCCGAUGAAUUAAAGAGAUUCAUGGAGCAAUACAAUGCAGUGAAACAGGGCAAGGAACCAGACCUCAGCGACUACAAGGAGUUUAAAUUAAAAGAAGACAAUAUCGGUUUCCAAAUGCUACAAAAGCUAGGCUGGAGCGAGGGCCAAGGUUUGGGUAGUGAAGGAAGCGGGCGAGUUGAUCCAGUUAACAAAGCUACCAAUAGACUGGAUAGCGCAGGCCUCGGGACUGAAAGACCGGAUGGAAUUUCUCGGGAUGAUGACGAGUUCGAUGCCUACCGUAAGCGGAUGAUGUUGGCGUAUAGAUUCAGGCCUAAUCCCUUGAAUAAUCCCAGAAGGCCAUACUACUGAGUAGUAGAAGUGAUUUACUGAGAAUAUUGUAUGACAUUAGAAUAUAUCAUAACAUUACAAAUCACAUUCUCUGUAUGUAAAAUUCCUUGUUAUUUUAUAUAUAUCUAAAAAAAUAUAUGUGGAUUAUUCUCAAUUCUAAAUAAUUGCAGUUGAGAUUAGAUGAUGAAUAAAAUGAAAUCGUUGAAACAUAAA